AUGUCCAUAUCUUCACCUCUUCUCCAACUUCCUAUCUCCCAAUUCAAAUCCCUCAACCUCACCACCCAAUUCCUUCAUGGGUCCUCACCAAUUUCUCUACUCACCAAACCCACUUCCUGUUUUUCUCAACAACCCCUCUCUUCCCUCCCACCAAUCCGAGCCAUGAAAUCACUGCAAGGCCGAGUGGUCUGCGCCACCAGCGACAAGACCGUGGCGGUGGAGGUUGUCCGUCUCGCUCCGCACCCAAAAUACAAGCGACGAGUCAGGAAGAAAAAGAAGUACCAAGCUCACGACCCCGGGAACCAGUUCAAAGUUGGGGACUUUGUUCAGCUCGAAAAGAGUAGACCCAUUAGCAAGACCAAAACUUUCGUUGCUGUUCCGGUCAUAGGAAGGAAUGCGCCAAAGCCGAAGGAGGUUGUGACUCAGGAGCUUGGGCUUCCAUUGGAGUCUCAGCGAAGUUAG